UUCUCUCUCCCUGUGCAGAUGGUGAAGUAUGAGCGCUCAUCUCUCAGCGGUGGAGAUGACGUUUUUGAAGAGGAUCCCUCAUCACAGACACACGCAGCCAACAACGGCUCGGCGGCAAAUGCCACCAACAAUUCCUCGGCCACUCACACUCCGACAGGAAAAAUGGAGGUAGCUUCAAACGCCCCUCCCGAGGUCCGCUUCAAGCACCUGAAGGGGAAGGGGGUUAAUGAAACCAAAUGGAAGGGGCAGUCGGUGAGCGUCAAACUAUGGUGGGAAAGGAGCACGUUAGAAAGGAUACUUCUUGUUGUAUGUCUUCUUCUCUUACUCACAGUCGUCAUCGUCGCCAUCGUCCUGGCAACCACAAGAAAACAAGAGUUCUGUCUAACAGAAGCUUGCAUCACAGUAGCGAGUAGUCUUCUGAUGUCUAUGGAUAAAGGAGCCGAUCCGUGUGAUGAUUUCUACGAGUACUCGUGUGGGACUUGGGACAAACACAACCCCUUACCUGAAGGGAAUAAUAGGUGGAGCACGUUUGGACUGCUGUGGCAAGAGAACAGGCUCGUUCUAAAGAACGUUUUAGAAAGUGAGCUGAACACAACGAGCAGUGCGGAGUUAAAAGCCCAGGAUUUCUUUAUAUCUUGUAUGGACGAGGAUAGUAUAAUAGAGAAGCUGGGUGCCAAGCCUCUCCUAGACAUCAUUAAUUUGCAGCUAGGAGGUUGGAACGCCACAGGAACAUUCAACACAAGCACGUAUGAUUUCAAUCAGACUAUCAGAGUACUAGGUACAUCCUACAGCGAACAACCUUUCUUUAGUUUGUUUAUUGCUGGCGAUGACAAAAAUUCAUCAAGAAACAUAUUACAAAUUGCUCAGUCAGGUUUAUUACUUCCAGAUUCAAGUUACCUCAUCAACAAAACAGAGGAAGACCCGGUUUUAGGAGCAUACAUUAAGAUGAUGGUGACAAUUGCAAAGCUAAUGGGAGCUGAGGAAGAAGACGCACACAGACAGAUGAGGGCAGUAUUGCAAUUUGGACAAGAUAUUGCAAAUAUUUCAGUCCGAGAUACGAACACAGAGGAUCAAGACCCUGAGAUGCUGUACCAUCUCAAGACAAUCACUGACCUGCAAGGUAUCAUGCCUGCUAUAGACUGGUUGAGUUAUCUUCAGUUCCUGUUUAACGGGACAGACAUUGAAAUCACCAAGGAUGAACCCAUCGUAGUCUACGCACCGGACUUCCUUCAAGACAUGUCCAACCUGAUUCUCUCCUCAGAUCCAAUAGUGGUUCACAACUACAUGAUCUGGCGUCUGGUCACCUCCCUAAUGAACCUACUGAGUGCUGCUUUCAGGCAAGCAGACCAUGACUUUGAUCAGGUGCUGUCAGGCAAACGCAGCAUCCCGGCCAAAUGGAGGUUCUGUGUCUCGGACACGGAUGCUAGCGUCGGGUUCGCCUUGGGGGCGCUCUUCGUAAAGCAUGCGUUUGAGGGCCACAGUAAAGCAAAGGCUGAUGAGAUGGUAGAUGAAGUCAAGUCAGCAUUCAAGAGGAAUUUACCAGAUCUGCCAUGGAUGGAUGAAGACACAAGGGUAGCAGCUAAGCAAAAGGCCAAUGCCAUCAUUGAUCUGAUUGGUUUCCCGGACUACAUCCUCAACCCUGAGAAACUGGACGCAUCUUAUGCUGAGUUGGAGCUGAAUUCCAGCGAGUAUUUCAUGAACAACAUCCGAGUUCUGCAGUUCCAUGUCAAACGGCAGCUGCAGCAGCUGAGGAAAACAGUCGAUAGAGGACAAUGGGAGAUGACCCCACCCCAGGUCAACGCUUACUACGCUCCCCAGAAGAAUGAGAUCGUAUUCCCUGCUGGCAUCCUUCAAGCUCCGUUUUAUGACAAAGAUUAUCCAAAAUCUUUGAACUUUGGUGGAAUGGGUGUGGUCAUGGGUCAUGAAAUCACCCACGCUUUCGACGAUGCGGGAAGAGAAUACGAUAAGAACGGCAACCUUUACCAGUGGUGGAACAACGAUACCAUUCAGAGGUUUAACAGACAAACAGAAUGCAUGGUGGAUCAGUACUCUGAAUAUGACAUAUUAGGAAACAAGGUUAAUGGGAGGAGGACGUUAGGAGAAAAUAUAGCAGACAAUGGUGGAUUAAAGUCAGCAUAUCAUGCAUAUUUAGAGUGGAUAAGAGAACAUGGAGAAGAACAACUGCUUCCUGCACUUGGAUUAAACCAUAAACAGCUCUUCUUCCUUGGAUUUGCACAGGUUUGGUGCUCAACCUCAACUCCACAAGCAGCAAGGUUACAGCUCCUCACAGAUGAGCACACACCACCAAGAUACAGGGUGAUCGGGACGUUAUCAAAUUCAGAAGAGUUUGCAGAGCAGUUCAAAUGCCCCGUUGGGUCACCGAUGAACCCCAAAGACAAGUGCGAGGUCUGGUGAGGUCAUCCAUCACAGAGGUCAAAGUUCAGAGGUGAAGACAGCAGGUGCACCGUACAUAAACCUGUAGAUAAAUGUACACAUGUUCAAUCACAGUAUGUAUGGUCCUAGCACUGUACACUUGUAUGUAUAUUAUCCUGUAUUUUUCUGCAAGAUCUUUGACCCCCACCACCCACCCCAAAAAACAAAAACAAACAAUCUUUCUUCCAAUCAUCAUCGAGAAAGAAGAAAAAAAGUGAAUCUAGAUGUUAUCCUGGUGCUUAACGUUUAUUGACAUCUUUUAGUUUGCAAGGUACCCAGCGGUGCUGAAAAGAAUAUAGGAAAGAAUUUUUUUAAAUUUGUUUUUGACUUCGCUUAUAUUAUACGUUAUCAUGCCAAAUUGCACAAAAUAAACUGUAUCUGGAAAUUUAAGUAAGAUUUAAGAAAGUUUUUACUUUUUUUAUUUUCUAAUACCAAUAAUCCAUGAAAUAUCUGUAUUAUUACUUUCCUCAAACUGUCAGCUUUACUUUCCUUGCAUAAGUAUGCUGUAUUAAUUCAUGUAAAUAUAAAAACCCACUUGUACUCUAAGCUUAUACUGUAACAUGAAAAUGAUAAUUCAUGGUAGUUUAUGAAGUAAAAAGAAAUAUAAAAUCAGGAUACUUGUUAUUUAGUACUCAUAUUCUGUAUAUCACAUGCUGUAAUGAAUGAAAGGUUAUAUACCUCUGCUUUGAAGCCCCUGCAAUGUGCCAACAUGAGAAAGACAAGAUUUAAGAUGUUAAUAAAGAUCAUGUGACAUUCCUCCUUUACCGUACUUCAUAUUUGCAACAAUGCCCUAUUUUUGUUUUUGUAAUUGUUGAUUGAUUCAGCAGUUCAUUGAUGAAUCGUAAACUAUAAACUGUAAUCUACUGCUACAUUGACUCCCCAUCUCUCUCUCUCUCUCUCCCUACCUCUCUCUCUCUCUCUCUCUCUCUUUUUUCUUUAUCCCACUCUCCCACUGUCCCAAUCUCUUUUCCCAAAUCCAUUACCUCAGUAAAUUCUAUAGACUCAAAACAGCUUGAUUACUGGUAUUUCAAAUUUCCAAUCUGUGUUCCCCAUGUAUGUUAGCCAGUAGCGCUAUAUUUUGUGCUCUAUCACAUUAAGUUUUGAAAUUCUCCAACAGACUAUGUUCAUGAUCACUUUCAUCUCAUUAGGUGCACUAGACAACCAAAUUAGACCAAUCUUCCUCUUUUUGUAUAAACUGUAUAUACACACUACUUGUAAAUAACAUGCACAAAUUGUGAAUUACCAAUCAACUCCUUCAAAUUAACUAAAAACGUUGACAUUCAUAAGUGUGAAGACAUCAUCAAUUGAAAUUCACAUGAACUUGUGGUACGUGUAAGAUGAAUACUGUGACUGUUAUAUAUUUAGUUUAAAAGUGAAAAAUCUCUUUCUUAAGAUUCAUAUCUGUAUGCUUGAAUCUGAAUGUUUCCUUGGUUAUGUCAAUCAUUAGUACUCGAUCCCUUCAUUUUGGUUUUAAAUUCCUUGUUGAAAUAGAAAUAUUACUUGGAUGCUGUACUUGAUGUUUCAUCUUGAGAAUUCUUGUUUCCAAUGAAAACUGAAUUUUAUGUUUACUUGAAAACACCAGCAAGGUUGUUUUGCCAUCUCGACACCCUUGAAUAAUUAUAAACAUGUUGUCCAAUCAUCCCAUGAGUGUAUAUGAAUGUCAGUUUGUGUGAGUUUGUUUAUAUUUCCGGGUAUAUGUUUUCUGAUCUAAGAAACAUACUAACUUACCAGUGCAGAGUAAUUUUAUUCCAUUUUUUAAUCAAAUGGUUGUUACAUUCCUGGAACUACAGAUCUCCUUAAAUUUCAAAGGAAAAUGAUCCAAACUAUUCAUUCACUCAUUAAAAUAAAACAAAAGAGCGCUUGUCAUUCCAAUUUUCUUUGAAUGAUGGAGUGAAGUUCCAUAUCCAGAGCUCAAAAUGUUCUUUGGAUUGCAGAGCUUGAAAAAAAUAUUCCUGAAAUACAUCAAGGCUGAAUAAGAGACCAAGUUAAUCUGCUGAAAGCCCAAAAGAUGUUUUAUAUGAAUUAACGCCUUUUUAGCUUUCAGCAAAUGAUAAACUAGCUUCAACAGUAGAUCUACAGAAAAGGAUUGACAUCUUAUCACUUUUUUUAUGUUUUUAAAAUAGUAGCCUAUAUUAUCGUUAUGUUCACCCUGUACCUUAAAGAAAUCUGACACAUUAUAAUCCAGUUUAGUUUUAAAUGAGUGACACGGUAUUGUCUUUUUUAACUGAACUUGAGCGAAAGAUAACUUGCAAUAGGAAAACUCUUUUGCUGUUUGGAAGUUUGUUGACACAAAGUUGGUGAGACGGUAUGUGGAAAUUAUACAGUUAAACAUUUGUGAAAAUUGUAAAUUUUGUACAGAGUUGUGUAAAAUUUUUAUCAUAUGAUCAUUUUUGUUUCCAGUGUAGGAUUUUUUUAGUAUGUUGUAGUAGAGUAAAUGUUGAACAUGAUGAGAAUUGCCACAUGGGUAUUCUGUACAUAGAACAUAUGGGCAUGUUAUUUGAAGUCAAUUCUCUGAACAAGAUACCUUUAUUAUCUGUUGAGUGCCAGAAGGGAAUAAAAACCUUUUGACAAUAGAGCUAACUUUCUUCUGGCGCUCUGCUGAUUGUAUCUUGUAUCUAUGGAAAUGCUGUCAUAUGUGCAUGUGAAGUGAAGAUGAAAAAAUAUCAAAUAUAUAUUAUAUAUCUCAAAGAAUAUAUCAUCAUAUGGAAAAUGUUCCUAUUAGUGUUGUUACACAUAUUAACGUAUAACCCGGUUUACUAUCUUUUUAUGUGUGAUAUAUAGUAUGUAAGCAUGGAUUUAUUUUGCUAUGAAAUUCAAUAUAUUGUUACGUAAGUUGUCACAGCUGAAUAUCUCUUGUAAUAUAAAAAACUGACAAAGAUAGAAAAUGUUGUUACAUGUACCUCUCAAAUGUGAUAGAUUUUUAUUUGUAAUCUUGAACGGUAUUCGAGUAGGAGCUCACUUGUUGGCAUGGUGACUUAGCUUAAAGAUGUUCAAAAAAAUGCCAAUGUUCUAUUUUUGGUCAAUGUUUCUGAUGCAGACAUUUUUUCUUCUCCAAAUUAAUAUUUGAUAUAGCAAACAUUUUCUGAAAGGCAGGGAGAAUAUAUCAAGUGUUUGAAAAGUGUUUGUGUUUUUUUUUUUUACUUAAUCAUUCAUUUUGAAGGAAAAGAGGUUGAGAAAGCAAAAUUUGAGAAUGAUAUGAUUUUUUAAAAAAAAUGAUUAGGUGAACAGCUCAGAAAGCAGUGUAGGAAACAGAAGUAUUAGCUGAAAAUAGUAUUACUUGUAUCUUGUAUGAUGUUUCUACAGCAGUGGUAUGCAUGGUUUCACUAUUGCCUUCAGAGUACCGUACUUUAUAUUUUGCGCCUUUGCCCUCUCUUUCCUUCAAUCCUUCUUUCCUUUUAACAUUUUUAUUGGGAUGUACCCCUUAUCGAUCUGCUGUCAUACAUGUCGUAUUAUGAAUGUUUUGGGCUUCAGUAUUUUACCAUGUUUUACCCACUGCUCCUUAAAAUUCCAAUCAAUUAAUAUGCAAAAGUUAAGUACCGGUAAGAUAUGUACAAAUGAAAGAAACAGUACUGACUAUUUUGAUAGGUAAUGGUGAAAAGCGAAUACUAUUUUAAAUUGUUUAAAAAAGUACCUUAAUUGGUCAGUUUGCUUGGUGUGAUUUUAAUGACAUUUGCAAGACUCAUUUCUUCUUUACAUACAUGUACUAACUAAUCCAGCAGUCCUUUCUUAUAAAACUCUUUUUUUUUUGUUGGUGUAAAUUAAAGGUAUUAAAUGACUUGCAACUCCAAUAAAUCAAAGCAGGUCGGAGAAUGCGUCACUUGAUGAGUUUCAAACUCUUUCCAAUAUCUGCUCCAAUUCUGCGUUUAUUCGUUAAUUGUUUAUCACUGCAGCAGUCGACAUCCAGAUUUAGACUCCAUUUGCAAAUGUCAUAGGGACUAUUCUUAUCUCCAUGACAUGUGCAUAGACUGGAGACCCAGCUUUACCCGUCUCUUUUUGCAUUAAAUAUUAAAACGCGAGUGACACAGCUUCACAAAGCCCACCAAUCGUAAAAGGUCAGAAACGGAUAACAGUCCUAAGUGUAAAUCCUAUCAACUCGAUCUAAAACACUGGAGGCUGACUUACCAUUUCACAUUUCCAAAUCGCUCCCGAGCUCCGUCAUGCCUCUCGAAUUACCCCCACUCAAUGACGGGAGGGUGUCAAUAAAUAUCUUUGGAAUGAAUUUGACGUAGUAUCUAUCUCUCUGUGGAUAGUUUUUCUUUUAGUAAACAUGAGCUGUAGACUAGCUAUACCGUGGAGGAUUGUAGCGGUAACGGAGAAAUCCGCUGGGAUUGAAACUCCUUGAUGUACGUAAACGCUUUUGCGAUUCACACUGUCUCUGAAAAUUGUUAGUUUGGACUGGUUAAAACUACGUCAUCUUCCUGGUUCGAACUCUUAAACGCAAAAGUAAAUACUAAAAUAGCUCAAGCAAGAUGUACUUUUAACCAAAUCGCAAACGUAAUGACAAAAGAGUUGUUUUUAAGAAACGUAAAUAUCACACUCCUCGCUAAAAACAAGAAAGAAGUCGUAUUAUCAUGUUAUGUUGUUUGGCGAAGUACAGAAGUUGACCUUCCGAAGAGCAUAACUUGUUUUUUGUUGUUUUGAUAUUGGUAUACGUAUGUCACUGUAUGAAUGUGAAUUAAACAGUUAACUUGUUUAUUGUAAUUGGGGAAUCAUAUCAUGUGUUGAAAUGUCAAACAUGUGAAAAUCCGAAGUUUGUGAAAAAAUACAUCAUGCGUGCCAAUACGAUACCAUCUUAAAAACAGUCACUUAAAAUACCGCCUGAGUACUAAAGUAGAGGAUGAAACAAGCUAGUUCAAUCCUUUUCGAGAAAUUAUUUUUUCAUUUUACUUCAAUUAAAAGAUAAUACUUACAUGUAUAUUUCUCCAGGAGAUAUGUACGGAGAAGUAUGACUAUAUAAACGAUGAACUUCAAUCAAUUAAAGUAUGAUUCAUUCAAAAUAUGUGUUCCUGUUGCUUGCUAUAUUCGAAUGAACAUGUUCUUUUUAUUUGUAAAAGCUUUUAUAUUUCUCACUCUCUCCUUUGGGCCAGAAAUACUUGGAUCUUUAAAGAUUCGUUACUAGCAAGUACUAGCAAUUUUUAGCAUCUUAAUUGUCCAUAUUUUACGUGACUCAGCUUAACUUUUAAAACUGUUUAUAUAAAAGAAUUGAAGGUGGUCUGAUAUAUUGAUUGUGGUUUAAAUAUCUCAAUAUUCCUACUAUCCAUCCAACCGAACGUAGUACUAUAUCAUGGCGUAUGGGCGUAAGUGACAUCAGUAGAUUUUUUUGUACUUUUUGUGACAUUCCUACUUAUUGUGUCAGCUUUUAUCAUGUUACUCAGUUUGAAUGCAGUUGUUUCUUAUUGUAAUGGACUGUCUAUCUGUUUUAAUAAAUUAUUGAUGUGCAAAAAAAAG